AAUGCCUCCAAAGAAACAGCAUCAUAAAACUUAGUCUUCUGACAUCUCUGCCUAAGCAAUAAUCAAUUUUCUCUCAAAUAGAGAUUCAUAGAAUGGUAGGUAAUCUCCAACCAAAUAACUUGAUUUGUUAAAAAUGAAGACCUAAACCCAUUAAAGUCCAUAACCAGUUAAAGUAACUUAGUAAUAAUAAACUUUGCUUUAAAACAUGAUGAGACAAAGCUAAAGGAAAUUGCAAUAACCUGAAACAACAAAAUCAAGAAUUGGCCUUAUGUCUCCAAAGGUUUUGAGUCAAAUCCAUAUGAAAACAUAGCCGCAUUCUCACUAGAACUCAUAAGUUAACUUAAAAGAGUCUAUGCAAUAAUUAAUGUCAAUUCCACAUUCAGCUACAAGUAAAGUGGUUAGCAAAGAAAAAAAACUUAUAGAAGAAUUGCUAGCUAAAACUAAGAAUUCUAAAUAGCAAUAAUUCUUUCCAAAGAGCCCAUCUAUUGAAUAAAAAUUUUAAACACAUUCUGGAUCAUAACCGCUCAUUUUUUUAGAGAAGUUUAAACCAACUACUGCUAGGUAUAAAUUUAUUUUAUUAUUAACAGAAAAUAGGAAAUGAUGACAAUUGUGCUUUAAUAUAAAAACUUCCGUUAAAAAUAUGCAAUAGACAUAUCUAUGAAUAAAAUUUAAUGGUUAAUUGAUUUUGUUAAGCAAGAACUUGGAAUACCUAUUUAAGGGAUUAGAACUACUGGAAUUUCUAUACCUGUAGAUUUUAUUCUAUCUAAACCUGAUAAACCUUUAAGUUUGUUAUCAGGAUUUCCAAUUUAACCUUUAUAAAUAGAACCAAUUAUUCUGAAUCCUAAUGAACCAAAAGCAGCUAGAGUCACUCUUAAAGAUUUUGAAUUUAUAAGGUGCAUUGGAAUGGGUGGGUUUUCGAAAGUAUAUAUGGUUAGAGAAAUACACACAGGAUAAUUUUAUGCGAUGAAAUUGAUAGAAAAAAAGCCUAUUUUAUAAUAAAAUAAAUAAUAAAUUAUUCAACAAGAAAGGGAUAUAAUGUCAAAUUUGGAUCAUCCAUUUAUUGUUGGUUUAUAAUAUGCAUUUGAAUCACGAAAAUAUUUAGUUUUUGUAUUAGAAUAUUGUUUUGGAGGAGAAUUAUUUUAUUUAUUAAGAAAGGUAAAGAUAAAUCAACAUAACUAUAGGUAAAAAGAAUGAACGAAUAAGAAGCAUUUUUUUACUUUGCUGAGAUUUGUCUUGGAAUGAAAAACCUCCAUGAUAAUAAUAUAAUUUAUAGAGAUAUCAAACCAGAAAAUAUUCUAAUCGAUUUUGAUGGACAUGUUCGUAUUGCUGAUUUUGGAUUAUCAAAACCAGGCAUGGUUGAUCAAGAAGUGGCUUACUCUUUUUGUGGUAGUCCAGAAUACAUGGCACCUGAAAUGCUCUUAAAAUCAGGCCACACUAUUUAGUUAGAUUUAUACUGUCUAGGAGCACUUCUGUAUGAAUUAGUUACAGGAUUACCUCCAUUCUAUUCUAGAAACACAGAUGAAAUAUACUAAAGAAUAUUGAAUGCUAAACUUACUUUUCCAUAAAAUUUAUCUGCAUCCAUUAAAGAUCUUUUGAAUGGUUUGUUGGCAAAGAAUCCCAAAAAAAGAAUCGAAAGCAUUGAUACUAUACUAAGGCAUCCAUGGAUGAUUCAAUGGGGAGAUAAAAACCUUUACAAAGACUUAUUGUCAAAAAAGAUAGAGCCCCCCUUCAAACCAGAUUGUUUUGCUUUUAAUUUUGAUGAAGAGGAGUUUGGGAAAGGUGAAGCAGAAUUUCUUUAAUAUAUUAAACCACUUUAAUAAAAUGUAAUGGAGAACUAUCCUAAGGAUAUAAUCUUGAAAAAUUUUUAUUAUAAUUGUAUGUAAGAAAGCACUGGUGGAACCAUGCAAAGGUGAUAUAAUUUACAAUCCUUGAUAUAGCAAUAUUUNUAGAGAAGUUUAAACCAACUACUGCUAGGUAUAAAUUUAUUUUAUUAUUAACAGAAAAUAGGAAAUGAUGACAAUUGUGCUUUAAUAUAAAAACUUCCGUUAAAAAUAUGCAAUAGACAUAUCUAUGAAUAAAAUUUAAUGGUUAAUUGAUUUUGUUAAGCAAGAACUUGGAAUACCUAUUUAAGGGAUUAGAACUACUGGAAUUUCUAUACCUGUAGAUUUUAUUCUAUCUAAACCUGAUAAACCUUUAAGUUUGUUAUCAGGAUUUCCAAUUUAACCUUUAUAAAUAGAACCAAUUAUUCUGAAUCCUAAUGAACCAAAAGCAGCUAGAGUCACUCUUAAAGAUUUUGAAUUUAUAAGGUGCAUUGGAAUGGGUGGGUUUUCGAAAGUAUAUAUGGUUAGAGAAAUACACACAGGAUAAUUUUAUGCGAUGAAAUUGAUAGAAAAAAAGCCUAUUUUAUAAUAAAAUAAAUAAUAAAUUAUUCAACAAGAAAGGGAUAUAAUGUCAAAUUUGGAUCAUCCAUUUAUUGUUGGUUUAUAAUAUGCAUUUGAAUCACGAAAAUAUUUAGUUUUUGUAUUAGAAUAUUGUUUUGGAGGAGAAUUAUUUUAUUUAUUAAGAAAGGUAAAGAUAAAUCAACAUAACUAUAGGUAAAAAGAAUGAACGAAUAAGAAGCAUUUUUUUACUUUGCUGAGAUUUGUCUUGGAAUGAAAAACCUCCAUGAUAAUAAUAUAAUUUAUAGAGAUAUCAAACCAGAAAAUAUUCUAAUCGAUUUUGAUGGACAUGUUCGUAUUGCUGAUUUUGGAUUAUCAAAACCAGGCAUGGUUGAUCAAGAAGUGGCUUACUCUUUUUGUGGUAGUCCAGAAUACAUGGCACCUGAAAUGCUCUUAAAAUCAGGCCACACUAUUUAGUUAGAUUUAUACUGUCUAGGAGCACUUCUGUAUGAAUUAGUUACAGGAUUACCUCCAUUCUAUUCUAGAAACACAGAUGAAAUAUACUAAAGAAUAUUGAAUGCUAAACUUACUUUUCCAUAAAAUUUAUCUGCAUCCAUUAAAGAUCUUUUGAAUGGUUUGUUGGCAAAGAAUCCCAAAAAAAGAAUCGAAAGCAUUGAUACUAUACUAAGGCAUCCAUGGAUGAUUCAAUGGGGAGAUAAAAACCUUUACAAAGACUUAUUGUCAAAAAAGAUAGAGCCCCCCUUCAAACCAGAUUGUUUUGCCUUUAAUUUUGAUGAAGAGGAGUUUGGGAAAGGUGAAGCAGAAUUUCUUUAAUAUAUUAAACCACUUUAAUAAAAUGUAAUGGAGAACUAUCCUAAGGAUAUAAUCUUGAAAAAUUUUUAUUAUAAUUGUAUGUAAGAAAGCACUGGUGGAACCAUGCAAAGGUGAUAUAAUUUAC